UAUAGAAAAAAGCAAAUAGAUAUUAAAACACAGAAUAUCCCAUGUGAAGAACCGAGGAAGGCUAAGCGCAAGGCUGAAUCGAUGUGCCAUCACGUGUUGAUCUUAUGCCUCUCGAAAGGCUACCUAAGCCACAGCGCCCGACGCAAUAAAUAACUGUCGCGCAUUUUGAGCUUCUUAAAUUUUCAAUUGAGUUCUAAUAUAACCCGAUGCUAUUUGCCUUUUUUUUGGACAGUUGCUUCAAGGGGAUUUACGGUGAUUAUGUCUGGCUUGGAGGCCAUAGGUGUCGCGGCCAGUAUUAUCCAGGUCGCAGAUCUGGGCACCAAAGUAUCGGUCCGGCUGUUUUCCUUGUACCGUCGGUUCAAAGAUGCCGACCAGUCCCUCAGGGAUCUUUCCAAUGAUGUUGCGCUCACCUGUGCUAUUUUGCGUGAAUUGGGCGAAAGCAUAGAGAAGGACGAGCAAUCCAAGCUCUGCUCAGAGGAGGCACAUCGCACUCUAAAGAGCAUUCUGGGCCAGUGUCAAGAGGUCCUUGAGCAGAUCCAGAACAUGAUUGAUUAUAGGAAUGAUCCCCAAAAGACACCUUUGCAGCGGGCCACUGAGAAGUUCCGGAAUGUCUUGCUGGAGCCGAAAUUGGAUCCGCUGAAGAGUAACUUGGAGAGAUUGAAAUCGACAAUGCUCCUCUUGCUCAAUGCAAUCAUGUACGCCGGUCAGAUACGGAGUAAACAUGUUCCGACUCUGCUCGAAGAGCAGCGUGCUUUAUUAGAAAGUCUUUUGGAAGAGAAAAGAAGCAAUGAGCGAGGACCGGACCAAUUCGCAUUCAUUGGACUGUCUCAGGUAACAGGUCCUGAAUCCUCGAGCAGCAAAAUCCACGCGCAGAAUGACGGAGAUCCUAAUACCAUAGAUGGACCUGAUGAGCUCAAACAAUACAAUUUCCUUAUCCAGAGAAUGUUUCACGAGAUAGAUUCGUGCAAGUCUAAGCUUGAAAGCAGUCGUCAUUCGAGGAUAAAAGACGGCGUCCUGAAUAUACAUUCUGGCGAAAUAGUGCGGUUUCAGCUGGAAUACGGCCACACUGCUCUCCAGAACUUCGAUCAUUCGCUCUUUGCUGAUCGGAGUACCAAACCGCUGGACUUGAAAUCCUCCGCAAAGGAUACUCCUGCAUCAACAGUGCCUCAACAAAGGCAUCCCGACAACGGCGCUCUAGAGAGACCGGCGAUCGAUAAACGCUAUGAAUUGCGUACCCGUGCGAAACCAGUUCCGCCCACUAGAGAAAAUCCUCCAGCUCAUUCUAUUGAGCUACACGGUAGUUCGGUGCGGUAUCAAAGUGAAGGGGAGCAGAUGACUUGGAACCCCCAGCCAAAUGGGUACUCUCCGUACCCACUUUUCACAAGGCAUCCCUAUUUAUCAACCAAUGGUGGGGAGAACAGCACUUCCACAGAAAUGGAUCCUUCUAAAUUCUUUUAUCCCCCUCCUUUGCUAAGGCAAGGGAUUGACGAAACCUGUUGGCGCUCAUGGGGGAAUGUUGGUCGGGAUAUUGGGGAACAAGGGCAGCAAGCGGUUGCGGAUGGGCGUCUUUCGAAGAGUCGACGCUCAGGCAGUGGAUAUAAGCCUUAUAAUCUGGUAGAUUUGAUGCUACGCUGGACCAAUAUUCAAAGAGAUGAGCUUGGGCAUCGUCCUCAGAAGCGACAUCGCGACUCAAAGGGCCAAGGGGCCCCUUCCGAAAAGAAGCAGAGAGUCAACAAUGUGUCUGAAGAAUUCGCAUACAAGCCAGAAGAUAUGACCACUGCGACGGCUGUUCAAGACCAAGACCUUCCCAAUAUACCUGGACAACUCUGAUACUGCUGAAUCUCUUUAGAGCAUAAGGCUAUACAUAUUGAGAAUCCCUAUAUCCCUUACGGUAAUUUCAAAUUCAAAUAUCUAUACGAAGUAUACAUAAACUUCGCUUCACAACGU